AUGGUGAAGGCUGUUGCUGUUCUGACUAGCAGUGAAGGCGUCAAAGGCACCGUCAACUUUAACCAAGAAGGAGAUGGCCCAACUACUGUAACUGGAAGCGUUUCUGGUCUUAAGCCAGGCCUUCAUGGAUUCCAUGUUCAUGCCCUUGGAGACACCACAAAUGGUUGCAUGUCAACUGGGCCACAUUUCAAUCCCGCAGGCAAAGAGCAUGGUGCCCCUGCGGAUGAGAAUCGUCAUGCUGGUGAUUUGGGAAACAUCACUGCUGGUGAUGACGGCACUGCUACUUUCACAAUCAUCGACGGCCAGAUUCCUCUUACUGGACCAAAUUCCAUUGUUGGAAGGGCUGUUGUUGUUCAUUCAGAUCCUGAUGAUCUUGGCAAGGGAGGACACGAACUUAGCAAAACCACUGGCAAUGCUGGCGGCAGAGUAGCAUGCGGUGUUAUUGGUUUGCAAGGCGAUUCCCUUGUGCAUAAAAGCAAGGAUGCCAUUGGAAAAUUUCCACCGAAAACAACUCGUGUAACAGUAGAUUUGCCUCCCUCCAAGCUUGAUUUGGGCUUUUCCAAAUCUCAUCUUCCGCAAGGAUUUGCCCGCUCUGGUCGUGAUUCAUGA